CUAGUGCAUCGACGGCAUCGCCAGAGACAAGAUACGCAAAACAGUCGAUGUCAACUCGUCGCGCUUAGGUGUUUUUGUCAUGAAAUAUUAAUAACCGCGUUCCCUUUGUAGUUGAACUGCGUUGUACUGGUUUUGCUAAGUUCUUUCUCAUUUGAAAUGUUCUAACGAACGAUCGUGCCUCGCGCAUUAUUGUAGUUUGAGAAGUUUGCUGAAUGUCUCCGUGAAUUUCAAAAAAAUUUAACAGUUCGUCGUCGGUCAGAAGUCGAGAGAGUCUAGUCCGUAAAUUGUUGAGAAAAUAUGUGUUCAUUCUGAUGAUAGCAGUUUUGUUGAUGAAUUCAAUGAAAUCUCAGGAGUGGCAUAUUUUACUUACGCCUGAAGUGAUUUUUGUACUCCGGAAGUGUAGGAAAAUAUAGUUUGAUUUUGUCUGCUGAUGCAAAACAGUGAUCAUCUUACUAGAAUGUAUAGAGUAUUUCGUAUAGCAGUGUUAUUGCUGAUAACUAUGACUGUUUUUGACACAAAUGGCUCGGUAACGAAUCAGAACAAUCAAUUGUACCAAAUAAUUUUUGUGGAGGAAUCCAAUGAGAAAUUGGGGACAAGUUCAAAUGCUACGAGCGCCUUUGCGAAGCUGGAUGUUCCGGAAUCAUCUACUGUUUAUUAUCUUGUAGCAACAGAAAGCAUUCACGACGAGAAAACAACUCACAAAUCUAGCCUACGGGAAUCUAGUGCUGUAACACCGACUAUGGAUGUAAUUACUGUCAUCUGGUAUGGGGCCACAUUAAUUGCACUAAUAUCUUUUUUUGUGGUGAUGGCCUGCGCGGAUACAAGCAAGUGCUUCUCUGCUAAGCCACCUGAUGUGGAAACAGCAGUACCACCAACUCCGGCACCUUCGUAUAGAUUGUUUGCACCGCCCAGUUACGAGUCCGUCAUUCAAAAGACUUCCAGUAGCAUUUUCAUCAUACCAAUUGAUACAGGAGGCAAUGAUCAAACAAGUAUUCAUUCGACAGAACAUCUUGUGAACAACCACGGUGACGUCGAGAACCAGGUCACUGUCAGUAGUGAAAGAACUAAUACGUAGUUAUUAACAAUCUGCAGAGAUCAAAUUAGGAGAAGAGUGUUAUGUUCGAAAUAUUAUAUAGUGAUGACUAAGUAAUCUCAUUGAUAAACGUGAUGACGUUUUAUAUGUUCACCAUUGUGGUUAAUUAGGAGAGAUAUUAACCUUAUAUAUCACAUUGUGUGUUUGGUUCAGCACAAUGAUUAGGCGGUUUGCGAUAAUUUGCACGAUGUCUGCUCAUCGCCGGAAGUGGAUAUUAUCAUUAGAUUAUUUAUGCCAGACAUAGCUGCUAGACGUUUUAAAGUUAUCUUCAGUCGAUAAUGAACGAUAAUUUACUUUGCCGUUAUUUAUGAGCUGAUUAGUAAAUCAGGAGCCAAUGCAUAGUCGUAUAGAUAACACAUCACUUGAUUAUAUAUAAAUAUAUACAAAAGUAACUAAUUUAUACUUUUAGUAAUGAGUUUAUAAAUGAGAAAUAUGUAGAAUUAAAAAAUCUAGUGAAUAAAUUAACACAUUGUAUUUUUCAAGCUUUCGAUUUGGACAUCCGAUCCAAUAUUUUUACCUUAUUUACUACAUUUCCAUUCCAGAGUGUUAGU